AUGGAGGCGACUGGUGAAACUGAAGAGCCAGUUUCUGGGGAACUGGUAUCUGUGGUACAUGCUCUUUCUCUCCCAGCCAAGUCUUACGACAACCACCCUGAUAUUGAGAUGGCAUGGGCCAUGAGAGCAAUGCAGCAUGCUGAAGUCUACUACAAGUUGAUUUCAUCAGUUGACCCACAGUUCCUGAAACUCACCAAAGUGGAUGACCAAAUCUAUACUGAAUUUCGAAAAAAAAUUGAGAAACUCAGGAUAGAUGUAUUGGAUCCAGAAGAACUUAAUAUCAGCUAA